AAAGGGAUAGUGAGGAGUCCAGUGUAAAGACAUUGCUGGCAGCUUACUUGUGAUAGCCUACGUUUAGUGUGUUUUCGGUGCUGCAGAAGCUUUUUGGAGCGUUAUUCUUAUGAUUUACACACAGAGCAGGAGGCGUCUCUUUACCUUUAGUUGUAUUAUCUCUGUUGAGAGGACGAUGCCUUUGAGGACCGGACUUUUUCUCCUGAUGGUGCUGAACGCAUCUGCAUAUGAACUGGAUCAAAACGAGUCUUAUUCGCCCAGGAGAGCACGCUUUUCCUCCAAUAGCCCUUCAGAUGUGGCACGCUGUCUCAACAGUGCCCUCCAAGUUGGCUGCGGAGCCUUCGCCUGCCUGGAAAACUCAACUUGUGACACAGAUGGCAUGCAUGACAUCUGCAAGUCCUUCCUAUACAGUGCUGCUAAAUUUGACACUCAGGGUAAAGCAUUUGUGAAGGAGAGCCUUAAGUGCAUUGCCAAUGGCAUCACCACCAAGGCAUUCCCCACCAUCCGCCGCUGCUCCACCUUCCAAAGAAUGAUAUCCGAAGUCCAGGAGGAGUGCUACAGUAAGCUGGAUAUCUGCACUGUUGCCCGAUCGAAUCCAGACGCUAUUGGAGAAGUGGCACAGCUACCGAGUCACUUCCCCAAUAGGUUUUAUGGUAAGCUGCUACAGAGCCUGAUGGACUGUGAUGAGGACACAGUGGACCGCGUUAGGACCAGCAUGGUGUCGCGGCUGGGCCCAGAGAUGACCAUGCUUAUUCAGCUGCUGCAGAACAAGCCCUGCCCAUCCACUGCUGUGGCUGCAGCUGCCGCCAUCCCAACUGGAGUGGAGAGCCGUGGGAGCUGGCCCUGGUCCAUGGGUCCCCAUAUGUACAAGAUCCAGCCUAAUCUGCGAAACAGAGACUCUGCCAGUCAUUUUGGCAAAAAGCGCUCUGCCAGUGACAACUCCUAACUCAGAUUCAGAAACUCCACACACUCCUCAAAACUUCAUGAAAGCUCCUCUAUUCCCUAGGGGUGAUAAAAGUCCAUUCCUCCGCUUAGACUGGAAGUUACAGAAACCUGCACCUCUAGGGAAUGCCGGAGCGCCCAUAGAGUUGAUAUCAGAGUUUGAUUGUUGUUAUAUUGUAUAUCCUACACUUUAGGCUUGAGAGAAAUCCCCCUUCCAUCGAGUGCGCUCACAGUUUAGUGUUGAACAUGUGGCUGUUGCAUCUGUGCGACAUGGUCCUCUUCACCUCCUCCGACAGAGAUGAACAAGUCUUUUGAUGCCAAGCAAAAAAAAAAAAAAAUACAUAAGAAAAUAACAGCCAUAGUGGUUCACACCUCUAGUGCACAAGUUCAUACUUUAAAAAAACAAAACUCUCAUAAUCCCGACAUUUAUUCAUGAAUAGAGAUCUGUAGUUGGAUUAUUAGUGGUUCAUUUAUAGGAACGGGGAGUUAUUGGUAGAUGUAUCUAAAUAUUUCAGCGAUGAGGCCAGUCAAAUUGUGAGCAUGAGAUGUGGAAAUGAGUUUCAUAUCUAUUUUCUGACUAACAUAACAGUCAAAAUGUACUGUAAGUUAUCCGAGACAGCCAUAGCUAGCCCUCUAAAGGAGCGUGCUCAUACGGGGUGGGGUCUGCAGAGGUUUUAACGAUAACCUUUGAGAGGUUACCUUAAACUGACCAAAAAAAACUUCAAACUGCCCUGAAUGCUAUUCAUGAAAAACCAAAAUAGUAUCUUAUAAUAGUUUUUUUUUUCUGAUGGCGGAUGUAGCCAUGUGUUUCAAAUCAUCAUCCUGCACAUGUCCAGAUCGUGGCCAAGUCUAUCUGUCAGAAAAAAAUCCAUCUUGCAUAUCUUGUAUCCAGACACUUGUAAUGCAUAUGACUGUUGAGAUAUAUAUGGGACCAUGUUUAGUGGAAUCUGUAUCCAUGUUCUGAACCGAGCGUGAAGCAGUGGUGUAUGUGCAGUAGCUGAUUGGCGCGUUCACCGAUGAGUCUGAGAGCAGCCAUCUUCUCGGACUGAUGAUUCUCUGAGGUGAAUAACGUGACAUACACACUGGCUUCCGGUGUCAAGAUUAAGAGUGUAUAUUUAAAAAAAAAAAAAAAAGCCUUGUUGGAUGAUAUUUAUUUUCCUACUUUAUUAUUUAAUUGCGUUAUUUUAGUUUUACUUAGUUUACAGAUUUAAAAAAAAAAAAAAUGCAGUUCAGUCAUGGCUCCUAUUUGAACAUGAGCUCUAUGCCAAAAAAAAAAGAAGUCAGCUGACACUCUGUUGACUGAAUAGGACCCAUGUCAUGACUCUGUGCUGGCCAUAGGGGAACAAAGUUGGUCAUUCAAGUCAGGGGAUCUACUUUAUGGGUGUUAUAAGGGACCACGAUAGCUUCAUUUUGACACACACACACAAUAAGGUUGUCAUUGCAGCUGCUAUUGAAGAUUAACCCGGUAAAAUCACAGUAAAACAAACACCAGCGUCAAGUCUUUUUGAUUGUUCUGCCCCAGUUUGCGGUGCUUCUCUUCGCAUUUCUUUCCUGUUAUUAUUUAUUUUUGUAUUUUAUUUUUUUAAUGUGUAUGUUCUGUUGUUAUAGAGUAGAGAAAAAUAUAGGAAAGAUGCAAGAGAAGUAGCCACAUGCAUGAUCGGAGUGCAUACUGUGGUGUCUGUGUCUACGUUAGCUCUUGGUCAAGACGUUUUAAAAGCCCCUGAACCCCUUGGUUUGAAAUCUUUUAAAAACACAACAUAAAAUAUGAAUAGCUAAGUAGCCAAAGCUAACUUCCUAAUUGUACCACUAAAAACAUGUGUUCUGCUUUCCCUAAAUUCACACACUUUUGCAGGACAAGUUAUCACAUGUUUGCGGUACAUCGGUUCAAAUGACAGAAUCAAGAAGCUUUGCAUUUACGAAGGGGUGCUAUAAAUGUAACAAGAGUCCCUGGUACACUUCCUCCAAUUGGCAAAUCUCAUACAAAAACAUCAUGUGCAAGCUGGAAUUUCUUAAAGAUAAUACAGCUUGUUUCAUGGCAUUCAGAGACCAAGACAAUCACUCAGAAUCAGUAGAUCAGAUCAGAGCCACAGUCACUUCAUGCUGGUGUUUCUUUUAUGUGUACCUGGUAGAUAGAUGGGGGUUUUGAGCCACAAUGUCAUUAAAACAUUCAGUGGUUAAUGUUAGUUUCUGUUUGGCAACAAAUUGCAAAUGUUUUGUGCUCAUUGAAAAUGCAAUAUAGAGAUUUGUGUGGAAACCAGAGCUGGGUUUACUUCACUCUUAAGCAGUUUGAUUCAGAAAACACCCUUUCUUCAAAGUUUAAAACCUUGAAAAUAGUUGUAUAACGAAAUUAUGUAAUGAAGUUUAUUUCAGAAAUUAAUUCAGACAUUGUCCUUGACAAUAAGAGUGCAGCGCAGACCAGAAAAAGAGAUGUCAGUGUCAAAGUAAAAGCUAUGUUAAGAACUCCAAACUAUGCAAUAAUCUCACAUACAAAGGAUUCACAGCAACACAGAAAUUGACCUUUAUUUCAUUCAGUGCAAGCGUAUGCUGUCUGAAUAAAGCAUCAGUGUGUGUGCUUUCAUGCUGGACUCACAGUGUGAAGGCAUCGCUCCUCUAUACUUACUUUCUGUGUUUUUUGUACAGUGGGGUUUCUUUUUUGUUCUGUGAAUAUGAGCAUUUAUUUUGUGUCAUUUGGUGCAAAUGGAGCGCAGUUCUGAAGGAAUCACUUGGGAGGUUAAGAGCUAUCGUCACACUGUUGUAUAUCCAAGCUUAAUAUUUUAUGUUAAAUAUGCACUUUGCAUCUUAACCACUAUAAAGGGCAUUGAAACAUUCAGCACAUGUGCAAUUGAGACAUGUUUUAUUUUCCCAGUGUAUAAAAACCAGUUAUAUUUCGCAUCCUGAAGGGUCAGGGCUUCUUCAUGUACUAUUGAUACAUAUGUCUGUAUCUUUGUUGUCCAUGGGUAAAUCCAAAACCCAACAGCUGCUGCUAAACUGUUUCUCCCUGUUUGAUGCUGUCCAGAUGCCCCGCUCGGGUUUGUCAACACACAGUGAGCUCAGCAUCAGUCCACACUCACAUUCAAGCACCUGAUUGUCUAUCCAUGUCUUCAUAUUUAUUUUUUUUAUGAACUUUUCCUCGUGUCAAAUACAUUUGGCAAGGGCAAAUUGACUGUUUUCCUCACCAGGUUAAAUGUAAUGGUAAUUUCAGAGAAUGUACCUGUAUACUGAAUGUCUGCUGCGACGAGGACAUGCCCGAGUUAGGUGACCCGUGAAGGCUGUUGGGAAAAACUAAAAGAGAGAAAAGUAUAUUAGUUCAUUUUUAGAUUUGAAUACAAGUAAAGGGUGCUUAAGGUGGUUUUUGAGCAUUAUUAAAUUCGACCCAUGGUGA